AACCCCUGGUGUAGGGGGUAAGAUUGAUAAUAAUGUGGUCAGAUUUGUGAUGGGGAUUGAUGAAGAGUUUAGUUGGGUUAGGACUGGGGUUUGGGCUCUAUAUGGCUUAUUUGGUCAUUGUAAAGCCGCUGAUGUUCAGGAAGAGGUUUGGAGAGUAUUCUAAUGUGUAUGUUUCAGAGAAGUUUUAUCCCUUGGUAGGAGAUAUGAACAAUGAGAUGCAAUGCAUUAAAGAGGGCAAGGUGCAUUACUCUCAUUAUGCAGAGAGAGCAGAGAUUGUCACAAAAUAUGACUUACAGGCCAAAAUGGAAGGGAUUGAACCUACUAUCAUCCUAAUCAGCAAUGAGGCUUGAAAGCAAUUCUGUAACUUCAUGCCCAAUUCGAUAGAUAGAAUCAAUAAUAGAAAAGGAUUCUCUGAGAUGCUUGCCUACUCGAUGACUGUGAAUAGUAGUACUCCUGUAACUAUGCAAAGAAGGAAGAAUUUCUCCUCAUGGGUAGGACUUAACUCUGCAUCCAAGUACAUUCCUCGCAUGAUUGAAUGCUGUCAGGAGACACUAGAUGAAAUGAAUAGUGAAGAAAAAUCUAAUCUUUUGCACCAAAUUAACAAAUUAACGUUUGAUGUCUUCACCAAAAUCUUAUUCGGUAGUGAUGUUGAAGCUCUUGUCACAAAGCUGUAUCCUUACGAGAAUCCAGAUGGAAUAAUAGAAGAUGUGACUCUAAGAGAGUUCUUGAUUAGGCUAUCCAUAAAAUAUGCAGACCAGCUAUAUAAUCCAAUAACAUUUAUUUUCCCAUUCUUUGCCAAGCAAAAGUUAAUAAAUCCUUACAAGAGAGACUAUAAGAACCUCCAGGUGUUUAGGGCUGCAUUGAGUAAGAUCCUUUCAACUUCACAAGAUAAGAGUACUAUUGGGAACAAGUUCUUUAAAGCACCUGGCCUCAGUGAAGAUGAAGGGCUGGAUGACCUCUUCUCGGUAAUGGUUGGAGGCACCGAGACAACCGCACAUGCAAUGGUGUCCUGUCUUUAUUUCUUGAAGAAGUACCCACAUACCCUUAAGAAGUUCAGAGAAGAACUUGUUAAGUGUGGAUUUAAGAAGGAUUGUGAUUACUCAAAGCAAUACACUGUUGAAAAUAUCCAGAAUUGUACGUAUCUUAACAGUUUGGUGAGAGAAACCUUGAGAAGAGAUACUGUCGUUCCAAGCGGGGGAGACUAUUCUACAAAUGAAAAUAUCGAAAUUUGUGGAGUCCCAAUCCCUAAAGGAACGAAGCUUAAGCCAGAUCUUGUAUCAAACCAUUUUGCUGAGAGCCAAUGGCUUGAACCCUUUGAGUUUGUCCCAGAGAGGCACGACAUCGAGUCAGAUUUCUAUAAGAAAUCAAGAGAGGCAGGCAAGGUCGAAGAUGUCUAUUCGAGAAGAUCUUUUGCUCAUGGAAAAAGGAAUUGUCCUGGACAAUCAUUCGCUAUUAUGCAAUUGAAAGUAGUCAUGGCAUUUUUCGCAACACACAUGGAGUAUUCAUUUGAGCAGAAAGAUUUAGAAACGGAAGGAAUUGGAUUUGGAUUAGGCUCUCAAUUCUGUCCUACCAUAUCUGUUUCUAGAAUAUAGCAUAUAAUAUUAUUUU